ACGAAAAUGGGGUGUCGCGUUAACCAGUCGCAAAUCUAGAAGUGGUGCUGGGGUCAUGUACUAAACACCGCUCUCUUCUCUCUGAAGAAAGAAAGAAGGAAGAAGAGAAUCAAAGCAAACACAAGAGAUUCACAUUUGUAAUCGUUUGACUCCUGCUGGAAUCUGGAUCAUUAGAUCCGAUCCCCGCCGGCAACCGCCAUGCCGUCCUUUACCGUUCGAUUUAGCCUUUCUCUCUUCGCCUUCCUCUUCCUCUUCCUCUCUUCUGUUAUCGCCUCUGAGUAUGAUCACAAGUAUCAACCUGAUGAGCCAGUUACUCUUUGGGUUAAUAAAGUUGGUCCAUACAAUAAUCCACAAGAAACAUACAACUAUUAUAUUCUCCCAUUUUGUCACCCAUCUGGCAAUCCUGCUCACAAAUGGGGUGGACUUGGUGAAGUCUUGGGUGGAAAUGAACUUAUCGACAGUCAGAUAGAUAUUAAGUUCUCAAAGACUGUUGAUAAAGGUAUCAUCUGUCAACUGGAACUUGAUGAAGCAAAGGUCAAGCAGUUCAAAGAUGCAAUUGAGAACAGCUACUGGUUUGAGUUUUUCAUGGAUGAUCUUCCUCUAUGGGGCUUUGUUGGUGAACUGCGUCCUGAUAAGAACAGCAAUAAUGGCAAGCAUGUUCUUUAUACACAUAAGGAUAUUGUUGUUAAGUACAAUAAAGAUCAGAUUAUUCAUGUAAAUCUUACUCAAGAGAGCCCGAGACCACUGGAAGCAGGGAGAACAUUGGACUUGACCUAUUCUAUCAAAUGGAUAUCAACUAAUGUAACAUUUGCACGUCGCUUUGAUGUUUAUUUGGAUUAUCCUUUCUUUGAACAUCAGAUCCAUUGGUUCUCUAUUUUUAAUUCGUUCAUGAUGGUUAUUUUCCUUACUGGUUUGGUGUCAAUGAUACUGAUGCGAACGCUUAGAAAUGACUAUGCGAAAUAUGCUCGGGAAGAUGAUGAUCUGGAGACCUUGGAGAGAGAUGUGAGUGAAGAGUCUGGGUGGAAACUUGUUCAUGGUGAUGUUUUCCGGCCUCCUCGCAAUCUCGUUAUCCUUUCAGCUGUCGUUGGCACUGGUGCUCAGCUAGCAUUGCUUGUUCUCCUGGUCAUUUUAUUGGCAAUUGUGGGAACACUAUACAUUGGGAGAGGAGCUAUUGUCACAACUUUUAUUGUGUGCUAUGCUCUAACAUCCUUCAUUUCUGGUUAUGUGAGUGGCGGGAUGUACUCACGCAAUGGGGGCAAAAAUUGGAUAAAAUCAAUGAUCCUUACAGCAUCUCUAUUCCCAUUUAUGUGCUUCGGGAUUGGCUUUGUCUUGAACACAAUUGCUAUAUUCUAUGGAUCUCUGGCUGCUAUUCCCUUUGGCACAAUGGUGGUAGUUUUUGUGAUUUGGGCCUUCAUUUCUUUCCCUCUGGCUCUUCUUGGUACAGUUGUUGGAAGAAACUGGAGUGGUGCUCCAAACAAUCCAUGUCGUGUGAAGACUAUCCCUCGUCCAAUUCCUGAGAAGAAAUGGUACCUCACACCAUCCGUAGUCUCUUUGAUGGGAGGUUUGCUACCCUUUGGAAGUAUAUUCAUUGAGAUGUAUUUUGUUUUCACGUCCUUCUGGAACUACAAGGUUUACUAUGUCUAUGGCUUUAUGCUGCUGGUUUUUCUUAUCCUCAUCAUUGUAACUGUUUGUGUAACAAUUGUGGGGACUUACUUUCUGCUUAAUGCGGAGAACUAUCACUGGCAGUGGACGUCUUUCUUCUCUGCUGCCUCAACAGCAGUCUAUGUGUACCUGUACUCCAUAUAUUACUACUAUGUGAAGACUAAAAUGUUUGGUUUCUUCCAGACAAGCUUCUACUUUGGAUACACGUUGAUGUUUUGCCUUGGUUUGGGAAUCCUCUGUGGAGCUGUUGGUCAUCUUGGCUCUAAUUUGUUUGUGAGGAGGAUCUACAGAAACAUCAAGUGUGACUAGAUUAUUCGAGAGUGGAACCAUAGACCUGGUGAUGCUUCCUGAGAAUUAUGGCUGCUGGGACUGGUAGGUUUUAAGAGGAAGCCAGUAGGAACGAGAAGUGUAUGGAAGAGCCAGAGUUCAGCCAAUGAAAUUGCAGGGUGAGUAGGAAGUAUUGUUGUCGACCUGAAAUCUGGUUCGGACUAGGGGAAGCCCUGAGCUUUUUUGGUUUUUCCCCCAAGCUGUAAGUGAAAAGCCUUAAUUUAGGAUUUGGAGAUUGUUUAAACUUUUAGCAAAAACAGCUGACAGCUGUCAUCUUAUAUUCUUUUUCCCUUAAUCCUUUUAUGUAGAGAAGAGUAUUUUCUCCUGAAAUUGUUUGCUUUUUGUAAUCAUUUGUGGAGAGAAGAAAGGUCACCAGGGCAAGGGUAUUAGGAAUUGAGCAUACUGGAGUUGGUACCAUAUUGAUUUUGUAAUCUUUCCAGGUUUGCACAUGUUUAUGCAGGGAAAAAACUACAUGACGAAUUUCAAAUUGAAUGUCUGUCUUAAAUUUUGGUAAGAUCUUAAUUCCACCACAUCAUUACCGGAUGAGAUCUAAUUGUUUAUGUUUACAAUCUCAAUUAUCAAGCAUUGAAAUUUUAAUGGUAAAGAUAGAUUGGAAAAAUGGAAGGAUAAUGGAACGCAACCGGAGGUCAGAGAAGUUCACAGAAGACAAUUUUCAGAUUAAAAAUGUGGGAAGUCGCAUGUUUUGUAAAAUAGAACGCUUUUGUAUUAAGAUCAGUGGGCUUGUGGUAUUUGUAGGCGUUUGCAGAAGGAAAGUUUAUGGAGGAAAUGGUUCGUAGAGCACACAGAAAUGAGUGGUUUGGUUUUUGACAAGUAGGUCAUCAAGUGGGUGAUUCCAUUUCUUGCAGGCAUCACAUCUGAUUGCAACAUUUUUUGAACCCUUUGUUUAUUUUUCGCUUUUUCUUAAAUUAUUCUUUUUCGAACACCUAAGUUUCUUAUUUAUUUUGUUUUUCUUCUCUGUGUAAGUCAGAAGCUGUUGAUCCACGCAUCACAUGGAUUGUGGCAACCACAUUCAUUCAUUGAGUGAGAAGAUAAAGUAAGCCACAAAAACAUGCCAUGUGGCAGAUAGGAUUUCAUGCCACUUCAUCUCGUGCCACAUUUUCCCAUUUAUGAAUACUUGCAACCCUCUCCCAUCCACUCUCUAGCACCAACAAGAAGCAUUGCAGCCCAAGUUCUGAACACAAAAAUGGCCUCCACAGCCCUAUCCAGCGCCAUGGUCAGCACCUCCUUUUUCCGUCGCCAACCCAUGGCGACAAGCCUUAAGUCCCUUCGAAGCAUUGGACAGGCUCUUUUCGGUGUCAAAUCCGGACGAGGUGGUCGUAUAACAGCAAUGGCAACUUACAAAGUUAAGCUGAUUACACCAGAUGGAACAAGCGAAUUUGAUUGCCCUGAUGACCAAUACAUUCUUGACGUGGCUGAGGAGCAAGGCAUUGACCUUCCCUACUCUUGCAGGGCUGGUGCUUGCUCUUCCUGCGCAGGAAAGGUUGUGGAAGGUAAUGUUGAUCAAUCCGACAACCAAUUCCUUGAUGAUGAUCAGCUGGGUAGCGGCUAUAUUCUCACUUGUGUGGCUUAUGUUCAGUCUGAUGUUGUGAUUGAGACACACAAGGAGGAAGAGUUGGUGGGUUGAUUUAUUCCUUGUGUCUUUCUUUAUCAUGUGUCUACGCCUGCGGUUUCUUGCUAAUUUACCUGUAGUGUACUGAAUUAUCAUUUCAAGGGAUACACUUGUUUUUCUCUUA